CCUCCCUCUCACCUGCUCCUCUACCUGCUCCACCCUCAAUCCACCAGAACCAUGGGCUGCUGUGCCUGCUCUGGAGGCUGUGGCUCCAGCUGUGGGGGCUGUGGCUCCGGCUGUGGGGGGUGUGGCUCCGGCUCUGGGGGCUGUGGCUCCAGCUGCUGUGUGCCCAUCUGCUGCUGCAAACCCGUGUGCUACUGUGUGCCAGCCUGUUCCUGCUCCAGCUGUGGCUCUUGUGGGGGCUCCAAGGGGGGCUGUGGCUCCUGUGGGGGCUCCAAAGGGGGCUGUGGCUCCUGUGGGGGCUCCAAGGGAGGCUGUGUUUCUUGUGGCUGCUCCCAGUGCAGUUGCUACAAGCCCUGCUGCUCCUCCUCAGGCUGUGGGUCAUCCUGCUGCCAGUCCAGCUGCUGCAAGCCCUGCUGCUCCCAGUCCAGAUGCUGUGUCCCUGUGUGCUACCAGUACAAGAUCUGAGGCUCUAGUGGGAAACCUCAGGUAGCUCCUGAAGAUC